GAAGAGGAAACGGACACGGAAAUAAACCAAACUUUUCUGGUUUACACAACAAUUGAGGUUAGCCUUUAUCUGCUGUUAUUAUGUUAUUCAAGUCACUCGUAGGGAGUGCCUGCACUCUGCUUGGAGCAACAACAGCGUUCAAAUUAGCACCGUUGGAAGUAAAGGCCCAGGCAGCUGCCCUCCUUCACAGCGCAGUGAGGAAGUCCUCUCUGGUGGAACAAGCAAGCAUGAAGAUUGAACUUCUCCCAGCUCUCAGUGACAACUACAUGUACCUCCUGAUAGAUGAGGAAUCCAAAGAAGCUGCUGUGGUUGACCCUGUGGAGCCAAUAAAGGUUAUGGAAGCUGUGAGAAAACAUGGCGUAAAACUCACAACUAUUCUGACCACUCAUCACCACUGGGAUCAUGCUAGUGGAAAUGAAAAGAUGGUUAGGUUAAUGCCAGGGCUGAGGGUCUACGGAGGAGAUAACCGAGUGGAUGCAAUUACAAAGAAAGUCUCUCAUUCCAAAAAUUUGAAAGUUGGAUCACUCAAUAUCAAAUGCCUGUUCACACCAUGUCACACAACUGGUCACAUCUGCUACUAUGUUACGAAAGAAGACAGCACAGACCCCCCAGCUGUUUUCACGGGAGACACGCUGUUUAUGGCCGGUUGUGGUAAAUUCUUUGAGGGUACAGCAGAGCAGAUGUACAAAGCCUUGAUAGACAUUCUGGGACAACUGCCUCCAGAAACUCGUGUUUAUUGCGGUCACGAGUACACCGUCAGCAAUCUGAAGUUUGCGCGUCAUGUGGAGCCAGACAAUGAAGUCAUUCAGGAGAAGCUAGCAUGGGCAAAGGAGAAAUGCAGCAACGGGGAACCUACCGUCCCUUCUACUUUGGCGGAAGAAUUCACAUUUAACCCCUUUAUGAGAGUCAAAGAGAAGUCCGUGCAAGACCAUGUCAAGGAGACGAGCCCGAUUGAAACCAUGAGAAGUCUCCGGAAAGAAAAAGAUGGCUUCCGUGUGCCCAAGGAGUGAUUUCCAGUGUACUCAUGCUGAAUGGUUCUUUACUGUUUAAAACACUGCAAGCUGUCAAUAGUGAAGUACAGAAUAAAUAUCUACAAUUCAUCUUCAAACAAUA